AUGGAUAAACCGCGAUAUAAUCCGACAACCGGUGAAUUGACGGAUGAGUAUGCACAUGGCGUUGACGAGUUCAUGACGUUGGCAUCAAACAACAGCAUGACAUCUGAAUACGGUAAAAUGUAUUGUCCUUGUGUCAAAUGUCGGAAUCAUAGAUUAGUUGCUGUUAGGGAAGUAUGGUACCAUUUGUGUAGAAACAGAUUUAUGCCUGGCUAUAAAGUUUGGUAUUCUCAUGGAGAAACUGACUUAAUGGUUCAAAAUUAUGGUAGCACUUCUGAUAUAUUAGGUGGUAGAUCGGUUAGAUUAGAGGAAUCAACACCGGAAGUAGAUGAAAACUUAGGGAUGGUUCAUAUGGUGAAUGAUGCAUUUCGUGAAAAUAUUGCAUCAUAUGUCCAUGAUGGUAGUAGAGAUGAGCAACCUAAUAUUGAGGCUAGACGUUUUUUCGAUAUGUUAAAUGCUUCUAAGCAGCCAUUAUUCGAAGGAUGUAGUGCUGAAGUUUCAAGGUUAUCACAAGCAACCGAUUUGUUGAGUAUGAAGAUGGAUUACAACUUGCCUGAGGAGCUUGUUGAUCGAAUGUGCAACUGGGGGAUGCGCAUGAUACCAGCGGAGAAUAAUUUGCCUGGAACAUACUACGAGAUUCAGAAACUUGUAGGUGGUAUUGGAUUGCCCUAUCAGAUGAUAGAUGUGUGCAUUGACAACUGCAUGAUCUACUGGAGGAAGGAUGAAAAUCGCUUGAAGUGUCGCUUUUGUCAUAAACCUCGGUAUCAGGAGACCAGCGGAAGAGUACCUGUGCCUUACAAAAGGAUGUGGUAUUUACCGAUAGCAGAGAGGUUAAAGAGGUUAUAUCUGUCGAAGCGCACUGCAAAAUCUAUAAGAUGGCAUGCAGAACAUAGCUCGGAUGGUAAGAUUACACAUCCCUCAGAUGCAAAAGCAUGGAAACAUUUCCAGAAUUGUUAUCCUACUUUUGCGAAUGAAGCAAGGAACGUGUAUUUAGGGUUAUCAACGGAUGGAUUCAACCCUUUCGGAAAGCAUGGAAGACAAUAUUCCUUGUGGCUGGUGAUCUUGACGCCUUACAAUUUACCACCGUCUAUGUGCAUGAGGAGGGAGUUUCUGUUCCUCUCAAUCCUUGUCCCCGGUCCUGAACAUUCGAAGAAAUCUCUCGAUAUUUUCCUGCAACCGUUAAUCCAUGAGCUGAAAAUGUUAUGGAAAAAUGGGGUUGAAGGGUUUGAUGUUUCUGUUCAACAGAACUUUGUGAUGCGGGCUGUACUUAUAUGGACCAUAAGUGAUUUUCCGGCAUAUGGUAUGCUAUCUGGAUGGACAACGCACGGUAGGAUGGCAUGUCCACUCUGUCAAGACAACACAGACGCCUUUCAGUUGAAGCAUGGUAGAAAGACUUCUUGGUUUGAUUGUCAUCGAAGAUGGUUACCACAUGAUCAUCCUUACCGUAAGAGUAGAACAUUGUUUUGGAAGAACAAAAAGAUCUCAAAAGGGCCGCCUCCGGAGAUAGAUGGGAUUGCUAUGCUGAAUCAGAUGAGCGAUUUUGAUGUGGACAGUACAGUUUUGUGCGGAGGUAAUGGGCAUGAGCAGCUACAUGUGAAUGAAGAUGGGAGUUCACUAGCCGCAGCUUUUUGGUUGGAUCAAGCAGGAAAGGAGGAGUUCUUCGAUUGGAUUAAACAUAGCGUAAAGUUUACUGACAGUUACGCAUCUAAUCUUCGUAACUGCGUCGAUCGUAACGAAGGAAAGUUAUCGGGAAUGAAGAGCCAUGAUUGUCACGUUUUCAUGCAGCGUCUUCCAUUUGCAUUUAAAGGUCUUUUACCAAACAAUGUUCACAAGGCUAUCGCAGGUAUUGGUGCAUUUUUUCGAGACAUAUGCGCGAGAACUCUUACUGAAGAUGGUAUCCGAAAUCUGGAUAAGAAUAUACCGGAAAUCAUCUGCGAGCUCGAGAAAAUAUUUCCACCAGCAUUUUUUGAUGUUAUGGAACAUCUUCCCAUUCAUCUUCCUAAAGAAGCGGAACUCGGUGGACCGGUUCAGUAUCGAUGGAUGUAUCCGUUUGAGCGGUUUAUGUUUCACUUAAAGAAGAAAGUUGGAAAUCUCGCCAAAGUCGAAGGAUCCAUCGUUGUUCAGAGUAUAAAUGAAGAAACCUCCCACUUCUCCAGUUACUACUUUCCCUCUAAUGAGAUUCCUCUCCGCAAAGGUCGUCGUUCAGGGCUGGGUAAGAUUGUUGAAACGGAUCCCGCAACAGCAUUCUUUGCUGACUACAAUGAAGACCUCCUUCAGCAGAACGAAGAGCUUAAAGCCAAAGUUGAUGCUUUGGAAGCUUCCAAAGCAGAAACAGAAGAGAGGCUGUGUAGUACACAAGGAGCUCACCUCUACACAGACUUGAGUCUCUAA